AUGACAUCACAGGCGUUGACAAUGGAACAGCAGAGCCAAGCCGGACAGAAACUCGGGACGCCAGCAGCCUUGCGGUCGGGAACGCGAUCGCGCAUCGAAACAGACGAAGCGGAGGUGCUUGGCACAGCAUCAUCACGGGAUGCGGAGAAGACACCACACCUCGAAGACAUCACAGUCACACGUAACAACGCCUACAUCCUAACCGGGCAUCGGCGCGCAAGUCCUUCCCACAUUGCAUCGAUCCAAAGUACUUGGAGAUGGCAUAAUGAGACGGUGAACAUCUGGGCGCAUAUCCUUGGUCGGUUAUCUUCGGAGUUGCCAGAGUUGUGUUUUGUGGAAUGUUUGCUCCAGCAGAGCUCAGGCUGGCUUGUGUGGCCAUUUGUGUGCUUCGUCCCAACCGGUUUUGCCUGCUCGAGAAAGAGAUGUUGUUACCAUACCUACUUCAAAGUCAAGCUGACCGCUGCAGAUACCACAUCUCCCUCGACCACAGCGAAACCGUGCGUUGCACAACGUGCCAGGCCGACUACCUCUCCAUCGUCGCCCCCCUCCUCGGUACUACACUCUCCAGCACGCACUUCGGCUUCUACUGCGAGCCCCCAUUUGCGCGCCCUCUACCAACCCCUCGCCAUCUUCUUUGCCCUCCUCUGCGCGAUCGCCACCCUCCACACCGUCUUCUCGAAUCCCACAGGUCAUCGGGUACGCACAGCCGUGUACUGUCUCCUCGGGCUCGCAAGCUUCGCGCCAAUUGUGCAUGGCGUAUUACUCCACGGUAUGAGGGAGCAUGACAGGACGAUGAGUUUGGGGUUGUAUGUGAGUUUGGGGUGCUGUCAUGCGUCAGGGGCGGUGUUGUAUGCGGUGAGGUUUCCGGAGAGGUGGUAUCCGAGGACGUUCGAUUUGUGCGGGAGCAGUCAUCAGCUUAUGCAUGUAUUGGUUGUGUGUGGGGCGGCGUGUUACGGGGUGGGCGUGGGCAAGAACGGAAGGAGGGCAGAUUUUAACCCACAACACUCAACCUGUCUUACCAGACCCUCAACCGUGUGCUCGAAUGCAACGAUACAACACCAUGAUCCAUCUGCAAAAUCUAAGGGACUUCCUGCGGUGAAGGUACUUCGUUGCUGUUUCUCCGAUACUUGGAGUCCGAUGUCGCGACAUGCCCACGCUCACAUGUCUGGACCAUCGCAGGUCGCACGCCGACGACACACUUCGACAGCCACAAAAGGCUAUCGCCGCGGAUUAGCUUGUCAAUAG